AUGUCAAGAAAGUUUUCUUUGGUUGUACUUGGAGCAACAGGAUACACUGGUAAACUGGUUUGCCAGUAUAUUUCAAGUUUGGAUGCGAGUUCCAUUGGAUCUUGGGCAAUUGCAGGUCGAAGUGAAGAAAAACUCAAUGCACUAAAAAAGGAUUUGUGUAUGGAUAACAUCUCCGUUCUUGUUGCAGACCUUGCAAACCCUGGCUCCCUAGACAAGGUAUGCUCAAGUACUACUGUACUCAUUUCUUGUACUGGCCCUUUCACAUUGGUAGGGAUGCCUGUUGUGGAAUCAUGCAUUCGCUGCAAGACGCACUAUGUGGACUCCACCGGUGAAUUCAAUUUUGUUCGACAGGUGGCAGAACGGUUUCAUGAAGAGGCAAAGAAGGAAGGAAUUACACUGGUAUCUUGCUGCGGAUUUGACAGUGUUCCCGCUGACCUUGGCAAUUAUGUCGUGCAUCAAGCACCGGGUGUGGAGAUGAAAGAAGUGCGAGCAUUUUAUCAGCUCUCAUCAAGCGGUAUCUCAGGAGGAACGGCACACUCCAUCAUGGCACUUUAUGAGGCUUGCGCACCAGAAGAUAUGGAUCCAUACUCACUGGUGCCAAAAGACGCCCCACGGCCUGUUGAGGCUCCUUCUCAAAGGGGUAUAUGGUAUGAUUCUUCAGAAAAGAUGUUCACUGCUCCCUUUCUCAUGUCUGCCACCAAUGAGCGUGUGGUUCGCCGCACAAAUGCACUGCUUGGAUACAACUGCACUUAUAUGGAAGCUGUCGAGGGGUCGGUUGGCUCGGUUGUCAUUGCCACACUCUCAGCUUUUCUGAUGAAAGCGAUCGGUGCUAUACCCUUUAUUCGCCGCUACGCUGCUGCCCAUUGGAUUCCAUCACCUGGCACUGGCCCUACAGAGGCAAAGAAGGCAUUGGCAUGGUACAAGUGUACUUUUGUUGGUAUUGAUGCGGCAGGAAAUAAACGACGGAGAGUACACCUUUCAGACAAGAGGGAUAUGUAUACAGCCACUGGUCUUUACAUAACUGAGUCUGCACUCAGCUUGCUUCAGAAGUCGAAGGAUGGUACACUGAAAUCUGGCGUUCUUACUCCAAUGGCGGCUUUUGGUGAUUGUCUCCUUCAACGCGUUCAAAAGGCAGGAAUAAAUGUACAGGUGGUCGAUGAGGCAAAUGAAGCCGUUACCUCCUCUACAAACUAG